AUGCUUCUGCGGCACGGUGCACCUCUCUGCGCGCCACGACCGCCAGCAGGAGGCCUCUGCGCUGGAGGUGGCCGCCACGGCUCCACGCUGGCGCGACCCAAUGUCCUUCGCCAGACCUGCUUCUUGUGGGCUGCAAAGACGAGCGGAGGAGCAAUCAGUUACCAGAUGAAAAACUCAAGAUGGAGGCCUGUGUUUGCCUUGGAGACAGGUGGACCACCUAACGCAGAUGGCGAAGACUUUGAAGAGGACAGUGGUUUUCUUGGCAGGACAAGGCUUGGCCGACUCGCCCAAGCUGCUGGAAGGCAACUACUUGAAAAGCUGAACUCUGCCAGAAGCAAGUCUCCCACAAAGAUAUUCCUUGUGCUCUUUGGAUUCUACACCGCCAAUGCUUUGGCAACAAUCCUAGGGCAGACUGGUGACUGGGAUGUUCUUGUUGCUGGCGUCGUAGUGGCUGCCAUUGAAGGAAUCGGCAUGCUUAUGUACAGAAAACCGGUCACCAGGCCUCCUGGACGAUUUCAGUCAUUUAUUUCAAUGGUGAACUUCUGGAAAGCUGGUGUAUGUCUUGGCCUUUUCGUGGAUGCCUUCAAGCUGGGAAGCUGA